GCUAUAACUAUCUACAAGUUACAAGGCUUAAGUCUAGACAAGGCAGUUAUUUAUGUUAGUAGUAAAAGAGAUUAUGCACUAGGUUUUAUAUACAUUACAGUUUUUUAUGUUAAGUUGCUAGAUAAGUUAAUGUUUAAUAAGCAUUUCUUUUUAAAUUAUUUAAAAAGCAGUAAUUUAAAAACUAUAAAGAGGCAAAAUGCAGAUAUGUAG